AUGCAUUUGCAUCCGGAUUGGAGAAUGUUUGAUGUACGAACUGCUCCACUGGGGGAUAUGUAUACACUAUAUAGACAGCUGCAUGCGUUUGCUUUGGACGCAUGCGGCGAGAGCUGCGGCCGCUCUAGAAUGAGAAAGAGCCCGGCAAACCGUUGCAGGGACAUCGAGAGGCAAGCCGGCUACCUGCAGCCCGAGCACUGCGCCCCUCCCCCAACCCUCCCCCACUCCGACACCAUGUGGUUCAUCCGCGACUGCUGCGGCAUCGUAUGCGGCAUCAUCACCUGGUGCCUGGUGUUCUAUGCCGAGUUCGUGGUGCUCUUCGUCGUGCUGCUGCCUGCCAAGAACCUGCUCUAUAGUCUAAUCAACGGUGCACUGUUCAGUGUCCUCGCCUUCCUCGCCCUGGCCUCACACGCCCGGGCCAUGUGCACAGACCCGGGUGCGGUACCUAAAGGGAACGCGACCAAGGAGUUUAUCGAGAGCCUGCAGCUCAAGCCCGGUCAGGUGGUCUACAAAUGUCCCAAGUGUUGCAGUAUCAAGCCCGACAGAGCUCACCACUGCAGUGUGUGUAAACGCUGUAUCAAGAAGAUGGACCACCAUUGCCCAUGGGUAAACAACUGCGUAGGAGAGAAGAACCAGAAAUUCUUUGUGCUUUUCACAAUGUACAUUGCACUGAUAUCCCUCCAUGCCCUGGUCAUGGUUGCCUUUCAUUUUAUCUUCUGCUUUGAGUCGGACUGGACGAAGUGCAGUACAUUCUCUCCUCCAGCGACCGUCAUCCUCCUCAUCCUCCUCUGCUUUGAGGGACUCCUCUUUCUCAUUUUUACCUCAGUGAUGUUUGGGACCCAGGUCCAUUCCAUCUGUGCCGAUGAGACGGGCAUAGAGCAGUUGAAAAAGGAGGAGAGGAGAUGGGCUAAAAGGACAAAGUGGAUGAACAUGAGGGUGGUAUUUGGCCAUCCGUUCUCUAUAGCCUGGCUAAGUCCCUUUGCAACACCUGACCACGGGAAGGCAGACUAUUACCAGUACGUUGUCUGAGACGGGAAGCCAUGCUCCAGCACUCGUGCUACCAGCUUGUCUUUCAGGGUGCGGACUGAUGACGCGUACGGGGCGAUAGUCUUCCCACCGCCUGGCUUCAUUCACUAAGCACGAACUCUUAUGACCCUUUUUCUUCUUUUCUGUUUUUGGUCAUUUUUCUUCUUUGUGAGAGAAAUAUUUUUUUCUGCUUGUUUUGAAUACCUGCCACACAUUUGGAUAUCUGUAUGAAGUAAUAUCUAUUUCCCUUCUGUUUACGAUCACUGCCAAGCCCUACAAAACCAUGAACUGUAAAAUGCCCCUCUGCUUUUCUCACGUUUACCAUUGAAGAAAGCACUUACUGAUGUAACCUGGCCAGAGCCUGUAUCUGAGCUGGCUAAAAACUGGGCUUUGCCUUUGGGAUAGAAACGGAAAUGGAAAUACUCUUAAACCCAAGUAUUUCCUGUAUUUGGUCAUUUCCUGUUUAAGGACUAGGCCUAAACAAAGCAAACGCAUGAGCUGAAUUCAUAUUGUUUUCGUCCGCUGAAAAGCCAAUCAGUUCCGAAAGGCAGAUUUUGUCUUCCAAUGUAGCAGUACCUCUGCCUUUCCAUAAUGUAGCCUGCGCCACACUGUUGGAGUACUAAUGGCCCACAAGGCAUUACGUUUGCGGUUUAGAACAGCCAAAUCUUUUCCUGCAAGCUGCAGAUUCUUUGCCUUAUAAGACAAGGUUACAAAAAUCUCUUUACCCAAUUGCAAUUAAGUUGAAUACGGUAUUUGCUUCCUGUCACUGGCUAUUAGUCCUGUCUAUGUGCAGGACGGGUCCCAUCCAAAAGGACAGACUGGAGAUGAGAUUGGGAACAACAAUGGAUUGAAAGUCCAACUGUGGAACCGGCUGGUGGCCGUGGAUGGUUCUGUUCCACUGUGUGGCAUGAUGUCUUACUGGUUGGUGUAUGUGACAACCUUUUCUAUAGAAAAAUGAUCACGAUGCCCUCUGAGAUUUUUCAAUUGGUCACCCAAUAACUAAACUGGUCAAUGAAAUGUACAUAUUUUAAUUUAAAAAAAAAUUUUUUAACAGAAGCAUGCACCUAAGUGUAAUUCCCUGUGUUCACUUAAUGGAAUUUGUAAAUGUCAUGUUAAAAAAACAGGUUAUCGGCUUGACAUUCUGUUUAUGAAUCUGGCACAGUUAAGCUUUGUGGAGCAAACAUUGGUGACAUAAUUUAGGCCAGUGGAACAUGUGCAUUGAAGACUGAAAGACCAUACUGCCUGGAAGGAGACUUUUUUUUUUUUAAGUCACCAUUGUGUACAAUGCUAGCUAAUUCAAACUUAGACAUAGACCUGUCUCCUAGAUACAUAGCAGUCGAAGUAGAUUGUUUGCAAUCGAUGCCUAAUUGCCCCGAGGCAAUCAAGAGAAAAUUAUAACACAAUCAAUUGUGUUCACGAGCCUUACUAUAGAAAGAACAUGUUUCCUAAUAUAGUCCACUACUUUUGACCAGGCCCACAGGGCUGUACUCAAAAGUAAUGUACUGUGUAGGGAAUAGAGUGCCAUUUGAGACACAGCUUAAUUUAUGUGGAAUAUAUUUGCUGACAUAUUCUCUGGUUUUACGACCCACACUUUAUGAACACAAUGGUUAUGUAUUCAUCAAACUAAAUUGUUUGCUAAUUAAAUUCAGAAUACAGAGUGCAUUGGCAAGGCAUGGAUAGCAUUUGAAGUGUGCAUGGACCACGUUUGUAGAUUUUUGUGCUAUAUUAUAAAGAAUCAAUUAAGAUUGAAUGUAAUGCUACUUUUAGUGACUUGUAUUGUGAAAGUCACCUUUUCUAAGUAGUUUCUUUUUUACCGAAUGGGUGAAUUUUUAAAGUUUAAGACGCUUCAAUCAAAUCUACUACUGUCUCUUUCUGAUUUGAUGCCCAUUUUUUAUUUUAAAGUGGUACACUCUAAACUACCUACAUCUCAAUACUGCCCUCUCCUGCUUGAACUGAUGAACCCUUAUUAUCUCUAUGUAGUGACUUUCACAUCAAAUACUGUGAUUUUUAAAAGUUGACUAUCUUAUCAGAAUGAAUGCUUCUCCAACCAGACUGAUUUAUUUUAUAUUUAAAAUGUGCUUUUGCAGCUCAUUCCAGUUUGCCUUUCCAACUAAUUAUCAGCUGAUCAUAUACAAUAUCAGUAUGCCUCACAGGCAUGUAUUAAUAAUUUGUAGAUCUGUGUACUGGAGUGGGAAGUUCUUGAAUCUGAUUCAUGUCCGUCUGUGCCAGAGUCUCUUUGAGGAGAGACGGGUGUAAUAAGGGUAUACGAGGUUCCUUAGGAAGAGGCUGGUUUAAAGCUCAUGUUACCCUAGCCCCUUUCAUUACAUUAAAGGUGGACUCCGCCAUAUGACAGAGAUGCACAAAGUAAACCGCAUAGUGGGUCAAUUUCUGCAACAACUAAGCUCGUUGGAAGAGCGAGGCUAAACUCCAUACUGCUGCGAAACCAUGUACAGCUACUGUGUGAGAGUGAAGUUUUGCAUCUCACUCAUCGCAAUAUCUGUGGUGCUGCUUGUGGCAAUGUCAAUUUGCUCAGUCUACCCUUUUAAUUACUAUCAAUCAGAUCAGAAGCGCUAAGACCGUGUCCUACUCGUUAACACAGGAUAUGCUGGGAAGUUGUCAAAUCUAUUCUGUUCUGACAAAGGGACUGGUAUUCUCUCAUGUCUCUAUUUAUACACUUUUUAAACACACACACUUGCUGUGAAUAGAUAAUUCCCCAUGUGCAUCUCUUUGAAAUGUUUAUCUGAAUGCAAAAGUUUAAGUUACUUUCAUAUGGAAAUUAUUUACAAUAAAUGUUUUGUUUUUUCAAA